AUGGACGACUUAGCCGGGAUCUCAGGCUGGCAGUGGCUCUUCAUCCUGCAAGGCGCCGUGACCUUCGUCGUCGCCAUCGGCGCUGCCUUCGUUCUCCCAGAUGACCCCCUACACACCCGCUGGCUCAGCGAAGAAGAGCGGCAACUCGCGCACGACCGCAUCGUCGCCGACACAGUCGGCGCCCGACACCAAACCAGCACAUUCAGCGGACUCAAGGAAGCCGCGCGCGAUCCCAGAGUCUGGCUCUUUGCUUUCAUGCAGCACAUGCAUCUCGCCGCAAACGGGUUCAAGAAUUUCUUCCCGACCGCCGUCGAGACUCUCGGAUUCAACACAACCAUUACGCUUGUCCUCACUUGCCCACCCUACCUAAUCGCCGGUAUAAUCUCCGUCUUCUGGUCCUGGAGCUCAGGACGCUUCAACGAGCGCACAUGGCAUAUCACCGUCGCCAAGGCAAUCGCCAUCUUCGGCUUCGUGCUCGGCUGCGCGACGCUCAAUACCGGCGCGCGAUACUUUGCGAUGGUCGUCUUCGCGAUUGGGACGUACGCAGUCAACUCCAUUAUCCUCGGCUGGGUGAGCAGCACCUGCGGGCAGACAAAAGAGAAGAAGGCCUCCGCGCUCGCGAUCGUGAAUACCUGCGCGAAUGUCUCGUUUAUUUGGACUCCGUACCUCUGGCCCUCCUCCGACGAACCACGCUACACGAUCGCCAUGUCCUCGAGCGCGGCGUUCUCGAUUACGUGUGCGGCUUGUGCGUGGGCGAUGCGGUUCUGGCUUAUGAGUGCGAAUCGCAAGAUUCGGAGGAGUAAUGAUGAGAGUGUCCUGUUCUAUGCUUAUUAG